AUGGAUACAGAAUCCUCACUCCACACGGCACUCCACACCCUCGCAGCAGCUCUCACCGACUUUCAAACCGCCCACCCAGCCCUAGCAAUGAUCGUCCUCCUGAUCUACAUAACCGGCGUCCUCUUCGGCUCCGUCGUCCUCUGCAGCAGCCUCGGAGACCUCAGGGGAGUGAGCUGGCUGCCGAACAUCUUCCUCACAGACGGCAUCCUGAUCUGCUGCUGCCCCCUCGCAGCAGUCCUCCCAAUCCUCCUCUGGCCGCUGGUCAUUAUCGGCCAUAUCCUUCUCUUCUGCCUGCGAUGGUUCUUCGCCGCGCCGACGUUCUGCGGCAUCAGCCGCGAGACCUUCAUCAAGCCGUAUAAGAUUUGUGCCAGGACCCUGCGGCGCUGGGGCCGAGAGCGACGUGCUAAGAAGCAGAGGCGGGGUCUUCUACCGGUAGCGAACGGUGCCAGAGCCACUCCCCGGACGGGUUAUGGUGCGAUAAGUGUGGGCAGGCCCCAGCUCGACCGAGAGCCAUGUGGCUGUCCCAGGAGCCAUGGCACUCGUUCCUCCCGACAGGCGCGCUUGCAACCAGAAAUUGAAUCAGACGUCGAAGCGAUCGUGCGAUACGCUCGACAGCAGCAUUUUCAAUCAGAUGUCGAGUCCGUCAGGUCCGCUCCUCCUCCUUACCAGUAA